AUGAUCUACAAAACGCCGUACCCAUCAUUGAUUUCUUUUCUACUUCUCAUGAUCGGCUGUGUGCUGUUCACAAUGUCAACUAUUUAUACGUUAUAUAAAGUUCAAUUUAGUGGAAAAUGGUCAUGCCAACAAUGUUUACAACUAAGUCGAUUGACUGUGGGCUGUGGUGUGACAAUUACAUUUCUUUUUGGCUUAUGCUCAGUCUUCUUAGCAAGUGUAUUCAGCGGAAAAGCGAGUCGAAAGAAUUUCUGGAGUUAUAGAAAGAACAUUUGUGCACGAAUAUUGAAUGGUUUUUUUCUACUGAUUACAUUUUUAUUAACGAUCUCGUGGAUCGCUAUUGCUUGUCUUACAUUUCUUCCAUUUUAUGGCCUUUUUUAUGUUUAUUUUGUCGUAUGUAGUAAUCGAUAUGCUACAGCGGGAGGUAGUUUUGUUAACAUUCUAAACGAAAUCAACCAAUAUGCUCAUCGAUUUGAUGACAAGCCAGCACAUUUCAAGCUCGCUGAUGUUUGUCAACCGUCUUAUCGUGAUUAUUUCAGUUUAAGUAUUGUAACAACAGCAUCGUCGAUUUUGAUCAUCAUCAGUUUGAUUUUUAUCAUGAUUGCUCAAGGUGCAAAUCAUGCACACAUUCAUAGCGAACGAAGUCAUUACGAAUUGACCCAUAGUAGCGAUCACGAUAUCGAAGACACCAAAAUGUAA